GACCCAAACAUAAAUACAUGGUAUACUGUACAACGAUAUUUGACUAUUUUAUUACUUCAGUGAGUUUACUUUAAUGGUUAUGUUUCCAGUACUAUUGGCAUUGUGAAACAUGCUAAAGUCUGGGUUAGUAGCUUUAUUCCACUGCUGGUCACAAUAAUUGGAUGAUUUUAACAUCAUGGACAUCCCCUCAUGUGGUCUAGAAUCUGGACGUUUCAAUUAACUGAACUGCUUGGCUGAGAAACUCGUCAUAUCUAUCGCUGUGCUGUUCAUGUACAUGUAUAUAAGUGAAUUAUUUUUAUUUCUUUUUUCGGAUUUACCAAACUCGCCCGUUUUCAUUAUUUCAUAUAAUUUGUAAGAGUUGUAGAACUUUGUUUACGUGGCGUCAUCGUAUGAACGGGAAUAUUUACAGAGUCUGAUGCUGCUAUUUAUUUGCUUAGGGAAUGUUACCUUAUACUGAAGUUUUUUUUUUUUUACUGUUUCCCAUCUGUUUAGCAUCUAUUAGUCAUUGAAAAACGUCGGAAGAUAUUGGUUUUGCUUUUCUCGUUUUAUUGCCAAGUCCUCGGGAUUUUAGAUUUCAGAAAUCGUUUUAAAGCAGUUUUCUAUAUCAAAAUUACCGUAAAUUAACAUUUUGAUCUCCAUUAGGACCGGGAAUUUCUAAUAAUGCUUUAGUAUCACCCUCCAUAAUCCUCCUACUGUUUUCUUUCGCCUAGAACGUUGAUUGUUUUUAAAUGAAGUUAAACGUGUUAUUGUUCUAAAUAAACAAUUGUUACUUGGGUUACCCCCCAAUAUAAACUAACUCCCAAUCCCCGGAUGUACAAAGAGCCGUAACUCUUAACUUUACUCUAAAGCAAUGAUUAACCAAAUACAGUUAUGUCCCUUUAAAUUAUCAUUCAUAACGAUACACUACAGCAUCGACCCUCCCAAACUGACAUACGAAUUCAAAUGAAAAUCUACGUUUACUACGUCAUAAUCAAUAAUCGUAAAUUCACACAGCACAACGAAGGUAUAAUAACACAAACACUUGUCACAACGAUAAAUUACUGACUGUUCAUACUGUUUAUAUACUAGCGGAAAAAAGAAACUGUGCAUGAAAAAAUAAUUUUAGAAAAGCAAUUAACAAAUUUUAUUUUUUGUAAUACUGUUAACAAAUGUAUUCGUUACAACAUUUCAUAAUCCAUUAAUGUUAACGUCGAAUAACGUCAAUUUCACAGCACACUCGAAAGACACUAGUAUUCGAACUUGAAUUAACAAAGUUAAUAACGCGUGUGACCACCAUUUGCAUUCAUGCAUGCUUGACAACGGCGCCUCAUUGAUGCCACUAAAGUGUUCAGAAAUGCUUGAGGGAUGUUGUUCCAGAUGUUGGUUAAAGCCUGGUCUAAAUCAGCCAAUGUCACUGGCUGAUUUGGUAAACGGCGUAGACGUCGUUCCAUUUCAUCCCAGACGUGAUCGAUCGGCGAUAAAUUGGGGAAAACAGUUGGCCAAGGCAAGACAUCGACAUUCUGUUGAACAAAAACGUCCCUGACUACACGUGCAACAUGUGGCCUUGCGCUGUCUUGCUGCAUUUGCUGUCUCUGUAUGAAGGGUAUCACAUGGCGCUGAAUAAUUUCGUUUCGAUAGCGUACGCCGGUGAGAUUUCCAUUGACAAUUUGUAGGGGGUCUUUCCACGUGUUGUUAUUCCACUCCACACCAUAACGCUACCUCCACCGAAUUGUCGAUGUUGCACAACACAAGCGUCCUGGUACCGCUCCCCAAACGCGACGAUAGACUCUACAACUCUAUGCUAUCCAUAUGGAAUCUAGAUUCAUCAGUGAACAGAAUAUUGGCCCAGCCCUGUAUUCUGAAUCGCAGAUGUCGUCUGCACCACGCUAGUCUAGCGAUACGAUGACGUUGAAGCAGUAUUGGGCGCACCGCUGUACGUGUAUCUGAGUCGGGUACUAUCCGAUAUUGUUAAAAAACAUCACAUUUAUCAAUUGUUUAAAUUUAGAAAUAUAAACAAUAAAUAUAGAAAAAUUAUACUAAAUUUUAUAUUGCACAGUUUCUUUUUUCCGCUAGUAUAUUUAGAUAUGACGUAGACAUAACUGGCAAAUAUGGCGUUCUUGAGGAUGAGAAUUUGUCUGUGGUUAGUAGGGCUGGUAAAUGGUUUGGGUGGUAUUAAAUUAGGAGGAUUUUCUGAUACUCGCACAAUAGACCAACCAACUGCGGAAGUCGUUAACAGUGUGAAAAUGACAUACUUGAACGACUUUCUGCAGACGAUGUUACGGACAUUUUUGAGCCCAUUUCCUAUAGAACUCAAGUAGAAGCAGGAACCAAUUACUUUGUCAAGAUUCCGGUACCCUACAUCUAGAUGGAAUCGGCCGAGGUGAUCCAAGUGGUUUCUUUGGAUGCUAUAGGAUUUGAUCACGUGACCAACCUCAUGUCAUAUCCCAAUAACACUCAAAAAUGAUAUCUUAUUUCUUAAGUAACAUCAACUUGUUUUUCCCUAAGUAGAUUCCCUUCGAGCGCAAAGUGGAUAUUCAAAUACGAACGAAAUGGAGAACAAACCAAAAUACGUUGAUAUAGAUCAUGUAACCAUCCAUGUGUACAGGUGCUAAACUGGUUAAAGCGAAGCGUAACUGGUCAUUGAUGACCCUUCGUCCAUCACACCCUAAUCUCACCAUUAAGAUGGACACGAAAUGGUCAAAUUGUAGUAAAUUGUUUACUUAAGACGAGGAACAGAUCGUUAAGAGAUCGGUCAUAGUACUAGAGGAAUUUGUUGUACAUUUACUGAAAGAAAGAAAUAACUCUGAUGUCUACUAAAUAAACUUGUUACGUCACGAAGAUCGAGGAAGCAUCAGAGAGCUAAGCGCACGGCUACUUAGGAAAAUAUCAAACUAACUGGAAUUUCUACACUCAACCAACGCCGGCAUGUCAGACUUCCUCAGGAUUUUUGCUUUGUGCCAAAUAUUUGCUUCUGUUCCGGUGUUCGCGGAUAAAAUAGCAUUGUUGGUGAUAGACGUCCAGAAUUGCUUCCUUCCAACUGGAAAUCUUCCUGUCGCUGAUGGUGAUCAUGUAAUUCCCGUUAUCAACGAUAUCCGCAGAAAAUACGACAAUCUGUUUUCAUUGGUUGUGUUUUCUCAGGACUGGCAUUGUGUUGAUCACGUGUCAUUUGCUUCACAGCACAGCGGGAAAGCGCCAUAUAACACAGUGAUCUUACAAUACAACAAUGAAGGCAUGCUGUGCGACCCGACAUCACAAUGUGAUGUGGAGUACAAUAUCACUCAAGUCCUGUGGCCAGAUCACUGCAUCAAGAAUACAACUACUGCUGAGUUCGCGUCAAACAUCACAAAGAAAAAUAGUGAUUUCAUCGUCAAAAAGGGUUAUCAUUGUAAGAUUGAUUCGUAUUCUGCAUUUUUUGAUAAUGGUGGGUUCAGCCAUACACAGCUCGACCGCAAACUGAAAGAGAACAAAAUCAGCACAGUUAUUGUUACGGGGCUUGCCUUGGAUUACUGCGUCUUUUACACCGCCAAAGACGCUAAGAAACUAGGAUACAAUGUGUAUGUAGUAGAGGAUGCAACACGUGGAGUGGCGAAUUCAACAUCGAAUGGUGCUGUGAAAGACAUGAAUAAUCGAGGUAUCCACAUCAUACAAUCAGAUCAGCUGGAAGACAUAAUGGAUAAACUAACCAGCUUGGGCAAUAUUUUACAGGGCCUCAACUGUUUCUGGUAUAUUGUAAAUUUUGUGAUUACUGUGGACUUGGUACAUUCUCUAGCAUCACUCUAGAGCCACAGUUCUUUUUUGUAAAGUGGAUCGUCUACCCCGUGAUAGUCAAAUAUUGGAUGAAAAUAUGUAUACUUCAGGAAGAAUUACAAAAUUAUUUUGCAGAAGAAAAUGUUAUUCAUUAAACAAUUUCAACGUUCAUUGGGUGUGAGAGGAAUUCAUGAUACAGACAAUACAGAAAGUGACAGAUCGGUUUCAGUUCUAUGUUCCCGGUGAUAAAGUAACAGUGGAUUUUAUCAGUCACGAGGCAAAUCAAACCUGAAGGUUCCGUCUAUGUCAAACAGGUCUGUUUGGAGUUUUUCUUCUACUUCUUGGUAACUUUGGCAUUGUUUUUGUUAACUGAAUGGACCAACAUCAGAUUUGGUUGGUGUGUUUGCAUUUCUUAAACAUUAUAUAACAUACUUGCCUAUUACUUUUAGUUGAAAAUUGAUCUAGAGGAACCAGGUUAAUUCGUCUUAGGCGGAACCUUCAAGUCACAACAAAUCAUUUUAAAUCAAAGUCAAUUAAACCUUAAAGUCACGACAAAUCAUUUCAAAUAUAACCUUUUCAUUUUUCAUGACUUGUUUAUGUCAUUAGAAAAUCUAUCUUGAGCUAAAAUACCAGUAACUCUUCUAUCUACUCUCUACCGUCAACUGCUUUUGUAACUACUCAAUGUGGACGUGAUCAUUGUAACAAGGGAAACAACUCCAAUAAGUGCAAGAGUGACGUACGCUUUUUUUUUUCCACCUGUGUUGUAUGACAAUUGUAACUGUAAUAAUAUGGAGGUUCAGAGCUUAUGUAUCCAAUCAUUAUAAAAAUUAACAAUAAAAUAGGUACAAAUCGAUGAUGUAACAUAUUCUAUCUGUAUAAACAGUAACUUGUGGUAUUGAUUCACUAUAGAAACCAUGUGAUGCAUUGGAGUAUUGUAUCUGAGGGGUCCAAUAAGGUAUCUGUACCCGUUCUAACAAACUGAUUGGUUCCUUUCUCGAGAUUUUCACCACUAGUUUGUAGGGUUUUUUUUCAAUAUGAAGAAUGGAAUUUGGAAAAUUCAAAAUUGAAUAAAUCUGAAUUCAGAUUAGAAUAAACAUAUAAGAAUAGUGAAAAGUAAAAAAUUGAUACUCAAUGGAACAGAUGGAACUUACUAUUUACUUAAAACAUACCUCUCUCUCUCUCUCUCUCUCUCUCUCUCUCUCUCUCUCUCUCUCUCUCUCUCCACAUAUACAUGUAUAAUGAAAUUAUCUCUGACUUGUUAUAUUCAUGAGCUAUGUUAUGUGUACAAAAACCAAUAAAAAAUUUAAUAAAUCUAAA